CCAGCCCGUCCUCGCCUAUCCCAAACGCAGCAUCCUUCCCUACAGGGCGAGAUAACGCCAAUGAACUCACCACGUUACGGCUUAACGUGCGGUGCUCCGGGCCAAACGGAAUCUUUUGUGAACAUACCAAUUCAUACCGAACAUUUGAGCGGGCGGCACAAUUCGGUUAAACCCGUGACCCGCAAAUAAACACCCCGCGUGACCAACGGAACGAUUUAACGGCGCGAGCGAAUCGCCUUCAUCCACUCAGAAGCCGUUUUUUUUGGAUGAUGGUAACCAGCUGAAAGAAGAAAAACGCGGGGAAGGAACGUUUUAUUGACUAAAUACGUGUGGUAAUCGGUAACGGUAGGCUGAGAAAUAUUCAAAGCACGAAACAAUCACCCCGCGGUCACGUUUGUUAUUGUUGACAGGGGAAAUACCGUCGAGGUUGUCGAUAUUUGCAUCCGUCGUUAUUAUUACAUGUAACGUAGACGCAUGAGUGGUGUGUUAUUAGCAUAGUUUGGUGAUCGUUAUUCGCUGUUAGACAUAUGCCUUGAUGUUCGACAGUUGGAAAUUACAGACGCUUUAGCAAAAUAACAGAUGGCACGAGCCAUAACUACAUCCGGUCAUAGUAAACACUGCAUGCGUUAGCAACUUCAUAUGCAUUUAUUUAAAUAAUACAAAGACACAAACAUUAAAUACAGUGUUAAAGUUCAUCAUAUGGGUAGCCUGCUAAAUCUACAGUUGUUAUUUUACGCGCAAUGCAAUGCACAUUUUACUCAAAGCAUAUAUUUAGCUCUUCUUAAUUGGACAAUAGCUUCAAGUUGAAAUCGAUUCUGAGAGAUAUAUCUUCGCGUCGACACCCUAACAUAAGCAAUAACUCAGAUAUAAGCAAUAAAUAUCAUUUAGAGCAGAAGAGAAUGUCUGAAUGUAUGUUUGCGUGAAGCCAAAGACACAUAAUCAUUAAGAUUUCAUUGAUACAUUUCAAACUCACUGUGGAAAACAUUGCGUCGCUUAAAAUAUAUGUUUUUUUUCCUCAGGUUAAAUCGGCUAACCAAUGUUUAACAUAAACGUAUAGCACAAAAUCCUUAGUUUAAUGUCAGUCUUCCAUUACCUGCAUGAAUUUCUCAUUCUACACUAAUCACAAACCUCAGCUGAAGUCUUCCACUGUCAAAAAACAAGAAAACGUUUAGCUAAUAUACCACUAUAUAUAUUUUAGAAAUCAGAUUAGAUACUAAUCGAAGUAUUUUAUCGCUAAAAAGUGUAUUAUUAUCCAUUAUUAAGAAGGCGCUUGAUCACAUAUAAAUAGGUCAAGAAGAGCAGUUACCGACUGAAACUUAAGUCUGGCAUCUCAGCUCUCUUUCUUGUGUGGAGUAAGUGAAUACUCUGUGCCUGGACUUAUUGAAGCGAUCACUUGCACAGAGGGCGUCACAUCUCUGAUACUCCCUCACUGGACUCCCUUGCUCCUCGCCACAACACUCAUCUCCCGCCAGACUAGAAGGACAGGAGGAAACAAUCAGGGUCUGAACGAAAAGUGAAGCCCACCAUCAUCUCAGUGUCAAGCAGAUCUGUUCACAGAUCCAGAAGACAGAUUUCAGUCACACAGCUCCUGACUACCGGCCGAGACCUCCUGCUCUUCAGUUUGAGCCUUUGUUUUGUGUGCGUGUGUUUGUGUGUGUGUGUGUGUGUAAAAGACGGAGACACGACUCCGAAAGCAACGCCUAUCAUCUGUGAAGAUGUCUGCACUGCGGCUUCUGUGGUUCCCUGUGCUGUUGUGUUUAACACACGCUUGGCUCUGCCAUGGGGCUUGUGUGGAAGUGGACUCCGACACAGAGGCAGUGACGGGGAAAGGCUUUAAAUUGGGCUGUAUCUCUUGCAAGAUGAGAGGGGAAGUACCGGCCUCUGCCACAGUGGACUGGUGGUUCAUGGCCAAAGGCGAGAGCGAAUUUUCACACAUCUACAGUUAUGCAGAUAUGAAAGCCUACAUAAUGGAUGACCGCUUCGAUGACCGUCUGGCCUGGAACGGCAGUAAGAAAACCGACGAUGUGCAAGACGGCUCAAUUUUCAUACUCAACGUCACCUUCAACGACACCGGCACCUAUCGAUGUUUCUUCGACCGCACGCUCGUCUUCCCCAAUUACGAGUACCGCACCAACGCCACCAAGUUCAUCAACUUGAACGUAGUAGGCAAAGCUACACGAGGCAUGGCGUCCAUCUUAUCCGAGGUCAUGAUGUACGUGUCCAUCAUCGGGCUGCAGUUGUGGCUGGUGGUGGAGAUGGUCUACUGUUACAGGAAGAUCGCAGCAGCUGGAGAGGAAGCGCUGAGAGAGAGCGAGUCCAAAAAAAGUCUCAAGCCAGAAGCUUGACGCUCCGUCCAUCACGGCCUCCUCUGUCACCCUCACCGGCUCUCUGUAAAACCGCAGGGCCGCUGUUUUGACCUUUGUGUUCGACUGUGACGGAACCGCCAUCCCAAACCAUCAGGGAAACACGGUCACACAUUACAUCAAAAGAAAAUGCUUUGUUUUAAGGCUCUAGAUGAGCGCUAUGGGGUUGACGAAUUAAUGAUGCAUUCAUUGGUUAAAGCAUGAAUCUGUAACGCUGGACAUGACUUGUACAUACAUAUUUUAGCUUUUAACACCUCUUUGCUUUUUCCACAUAAUGAGAACUCGGUUUUACAUGCAAUAAAAAUUAGUCACCACAGGAUAUCUACUGAGCCAGAAGACAUAUAGUGCAUUUAACUGAGCCAGAGACAGAAAUAAAUCAAUAAAUAACUGUCAAACAGAAUGAUACGUGAAAACAUAGUUAUACCAGAUCCUAUAAAAAAAAGAUAUAUUAGGGCUGUAAUAGAGAUGUAGGUUGUUUGGUUUAGUAAAGCAUUAUUAAAAAGAGCGAUUUCAUGUAAAAUAAUAACAAUAAUAAUACAAUUUUAAAACGAAGUACAUACCGAGCCGUAUAUAAUUACACUUAAUAUAUAUAUAUAUAUAUAUAUAUAUAUAUAUAUAUAUAUAUAUAUAUAUAUAUAUAUAUAUAUAUAUAUAUAUAAAUCAUAACAUCUUAUGUUUGGCAGCUAUAGGGACAUGUGAUUAGCAUUACAUAGCUAAUGUCAACGCAUAUUUACAAGAGCUUCCUAUCUGAAAACUACACCUGUGUCACCAACAGGGGAUUUAAACCAGAACUAACUUAACUAACCACUGCUAAGCUAACCACAAAUGUAAAAAAAAAUAACAUUCUCGUAGCAAUCUACUUACAUUGUCACUGCAUCUAUAAAAACAUCACGACCAGCACCCUGCAUUAGUCUUUAGAAUUUUCACACUAUAAAGCACAAAUAACCUAAAAAGCAGACAUUGUGAGUAGCAUGUAAAGCUAUUCAUAUCAUUCCCGUAAAAGAAACAGCAGAGAAGCUAAUGAAUGUCACGUGUAUGUUAAUAUCAUAGACGUCAGGAAAGUGUUAGGCGAGACCCAUAACCCGCUCCAGAAACUAACGUGAUGAAUAUAUUAUUAAUAAUGUGCCGUAGAGGAUCUGUGCUAUUAAUCUUUCUCACGUUGGCCUCACAUUUCUUCCCGCCCCCUUUUUUUGUGUCUUUUGCUGACAAGAUUAUCAAGGGCUGCAUGAAAUCGAUCGAGAUCGACUCAAAGUUUAAAGCGUGCCUCGAUGUUUAUGCCUCUGGCUCCGCGUGCAUGGCGGCGAUUUCAAAGGAAAACGGAAAGAGAAAGCGGUAGUCGAUUGUUUUCGUUCACAAGUGCAGUAAGAAGCUUCCAGUCUCUCCUCUUCCCUCUAUAGUAGCCAAUUUCUGGUAGUGACUACAGAGGGCAGCACAACACUGCCAAAGUCUCACUGCCUUUAUGCAUGAAUGAACGUUCUUGAGACUUCCCAGCUCUGGUUUUCUUACUUUUUUUAUAUCUUUCAUUCGGUGGUCGUUUAAUCGGUGGAUUUCUUACUGCAUGAUUUUAAAUACGCCUUUAUGAAUUCCGUCAUAUACACUGCCACAAUUAGAACACCCGAUCCGUUCGAUGCAUCCUCGACCGAGCAAAACUGCUUUUAGCGCGGAGAUCGCUACGACAUAGAUGGUAUCGUACUAACCAACACUUAGAUGUCACAGAAUAUCGUGGUUUUCUGACAAUGUCUGCAACUCUGUAAAGUAUAUCAACACACGACGACUUUACAGCCUCGACAAUUCCAGGAUGCAUUUCAUGUUGAAGUGAAAAUGUUGCUUGCCAAAUACAUGAUGGACAAGAUAGUAUGUAAUAAAAUACAUUUAAAAGUAAA